UCAUUUGCAGCAUUUUUGAACAGUAUGGAUAAUAUGCAUGAACAGAUGUCAGUACCUUGCGAGGACGUGACAGACGAUGAGGGCUCGGAGAUUGAUCCGCUCUGUGAUCCUGAAGAAAGAAGGGUUCUGUUUGCUGCCCUCGAUUCGUUCCGACAAUAUCGCCAGGCUGCCCACUAUAACAUCACCCAUCUACGACGCCAAUCUUUCUACUCGCUUCCUCUGGCUCACAUGGAAUUACUGGCUUCCGAGCCAUUCAGUUUGCCAAAGACUUUGGACGCGGUAGAUGCGGCAAUUGAUGCAAAUGCCGAUAUAGCCGAGACAGUUCUUGCACUGGGCCUCAACAUGUACGGUAUAGACCCCGAAUCAACCGACUGGCAUGGAGCAGCCACCUCACAAGACAUGGACAAAGUACGCUCGACUAUCCGCCAGCUAUACCGCGAUUGGGCGGCCGAAGGUGCUUCCGAACGAGAAGCAUGCUACAAGCCCAUCUUGGCUGGCCUCAACAGAGCCUUCGAAGACACUAGUCCAGCCAAGCGCUCUCAUGUGAGUGUUCUGGUUCCAGGCGCCGGACUAGGUCGUCUAGCGUUCGAAAUAUGUAAUGCAGGCUACGCCAUGGAAGGAAACGAGAUCUCGUAUCAUCAACUCCUUGUCAGCAAUUGGAUACUCAACUACACUCCAGGGCCCAAGUCACAACCCGUGUACCCCUGGGCGCUGGGUUUUUCAAACCAUACGCGCCGCUCCCACCAACUCCAGAAAGUACAGGUCCCUGAUGUCUGGCCGUCCGAAGAGCUGGACAAGAGCUGCAAGGAUCUGGAAGCAGAACUACACGCUUAUCAGCGAAUGUCAAUGUCUUCGGGCGACUUUUGCGUCUUGUACAAAGAGCCGCGAUACGAAGCUGCUUUUGAUGCAGUCAUUACAUGCUUUNUUAUCGACACGGCACCCAAUCUGAUCGCCUAUAUCGAAACCGUCAAACACUGCCUCAAGCCCGGGGGCGUGUGGAUAAAUCUUGGGCCCUUACUUUGGCAUUUUGAAGGCGGCUCGCCUGGGAAGAAAAACUCGACUUCGUCCUCCUCUUCUUCAGAGACAGGCAGAGAGGACCAAGACAGGAAUCGAGGCAUUGGCGAGUCUGGUUCUUUCGAGCUCGCAGAUGAGGAAGUCGUCAAGCUGAUCGAGCAUUUUGACUUCAAGAUUGUCGAACAUGAUUCGGCUAUUGGAGAGGCGGGCUACAUACAAGACCCACGCAGCAUGUUGCAAAACAUGUACAAGCCUAGUUUCUGGAUGGCUAGAAAACAAUAA